AUCCACUUUAUAUUCUUUAACAGAUUUUUAACAGACAGGAGAGAAUCGGAGCUGUAGCAGCAAUCAUCACAAGGACAAAGGGUUUUUUUUUCUGGGGACCAGACCUCCUCCGGGACUCUUCAGGACCCUUCGGGACUCAGACUGUCCCGGGUUCAGCCGGCUGCUGCUGCAGCAAUGGCUGAUGGGAAGCGGCGUGCUGGGGUGGCGUCCCCUGUGGACGGAGGAUGGGGCUGGGUGAUCGUUGGCUGCUGCUUCAUGAUGACGGUCUGCACACGAGCCGUCACCAGGUGUAUCUCCAUCUUCUUCGUGGAGUUUCAGGCUCAUUUCGGAGCGGACUACGCUGCCACGGCGUGGAUCCACAGCCUGGUGGACUGCAGCACCAUGCUCUGUGCUCCCGUGGGCAGCCUGGUGGGGAACCGGUGGUCCUGCCGGGUCGCCGUGAUGACCGGAGGAGUCCUGUCCUCCUGUGGACUCCUCCUCAGCUCCUUCAGCACCAGCCUGGAGCAGCUCUACUUCAGCAUGGGAGUCCUCACAGGUCUGGGCUUCGCCCUGUGCUACACGCCGUCCAUCUCCAUGGUGGGCUGUUACUUCCAGCGGCGGAAGGCGUUGGCGUACGGCAUCGCCAUGUCCGGCAGCGGCAUCGGGACCUUGGUGCUGGCGCCGGCGGUGCAGCUGCUGAUCGAGCUGUACUCGUGGCGAGGCGCGCUGCUCGUCCUCAGCGCCUUCGUGGCCAACCUCUGCGUCUGCGGGGCGCUGCUCCGACCAAUCAGGCUGCAGGAGGCCGAGGAGGAGAAACCCAGUCUCGUCCUGCAGCACGACGCCGAGCUCGCCGUGAAACUCCCCAAAGAGCCGGCGCCGGCGCCGGGAGGCUCCGCCCCCCUGCUGCAGAGGAGGAGGUGCUUCAGCUCCAGACUCCUGUCCUGUGAGGAGUACCGCUUCCUGCUGCUGCCGGACUUCCUGGGCCUGGCCGUGUCCUUCCUGUUCCUGGCCAGCGGCUGCAGCCUGCCCUUCGUCUACCUGGUCCCGUACGCGCUGAGCGCCGCCGUCAGCCACCAGCACGCCGCCUUCCUCGUCUCCAUCCUCGGCGUCCUGGACAUCCUGGGGAACAUCACCUUCGGCUGGCUGACGGACCGCAGGUGUCUGAAGCCGUACCGGUUGGCGUGCUACAUCGUGGCAGUGGCGAUGGAGGGUCUCUGCUGCCUCUUCGCGCCGCUGCUGCGCUCCUUCCCGCUCCUCGUGCCCUUCGCCGUCCUCUACGGGUACUUCGACGGCGCCUACGUGGCGCUGAUCCCCGUGGUGACGUCAGACGUGGUGGGAGCGCCGUGCCUGUCCUCGGCGCUGGGCGUGGUCUACUUCCUGCACGCCAUCCCCUACCUCAUCAGCCCGCCAAUCGGAGGUUGGCUGGUUGACGUCACAGGAAGUUACACGGCGACCUUCUUCCUCAGUGGCUCCGCCCUGCUGGCCAGCGCGCUCGUCCUCAGCGCCAUCGCCGGGAUACGCCGCUGCCGCCGCCGCCUCGCCACCGCCAAGCACGAGCCGUUCCCCCGGCGUCUGCCCCACCAAUCAGACGGCCUCUCCAACCAGGCUGCUGCCUCUUAGCUCAGCAGGAACCAACCAAUCAGACUCAUCUCCACCAGGGACGAGGGCUGUGAUUGGCCGAGGCAUGUGUCAAACAGGAAAUGGAUUUAUAAGAAGAGUCAACAAACUUUAACCCCAAACAUCAACUUCCUGUCUGGAGAAAGUGCCUUUCAUGGUUUUUGUUUUCACAUGAUGGACGUCAGGAUGAACCAAUGGGAUGAGACGCUAACGCUAACGAGGAGCUAACAGGCAGCUCAUGGACUCCAUAGCAAGAAUUGUGAAUUUAGUGUAGUUAUUCUUUACUGCAGGUUAUCUCAGGGAAACAAAAAAACAAUAAUAAUGUAUUAUAUAUUAAUAAAUAUCAACGAUCAAAUAAUUAGUCAAUUAAUUGAUCGACAGAUAAUUAAUCAUGGACUUUUUAUAUGUGAUUGUUUUAAGAAAAGGUGCAAAAAUGUGAAUAUUUACUGUAUUUUUUAAUAAAAUGUUUUAAGACCUCUGACAUCUAUUUUUUAAAAAUAUAUAUUUUAUAUUCUGAACAUAAAAUAAAAUGAUGUGCAAAAUACUAAUACAGCAAGAUAAAUACUAUUUAAUACUAUCACUGUGCUAUAAUAAAAUAAAAAACAAAAACACCAAUACACAAUAGUUCAGCUUUCUGUCUUUUUCUAAUGU